GAAAGGUUGAAGAUGUUUUAGUGCACCACGAGAACCACGAAAUUUAUUAAGCGCUAAAUCAAAAAGUGUCGCCAAUGCCUGCAAAACUGGUCUACUGGAAGCUCAGAGGGUUAGGACAGCCUAUCCGACUUCUCUUGGAAUAUCUAGGCGAUGAAUAUGAAGAAAACUCCUAUGGAGAGGAUGGAUGGGAGAAAUGGCAGGAAGAUAAGUUCAACUUGGGUUUGGAGUUCCCCAAUCUCCCCUACUUCAUCGAUGGUGACGUUAAAAUAACACAGUCUUUGGCAAUCAUGCGUUACAUUGCUGAUAAACACAACAUGUUGGGAAAUAAUCCGAAAGAACGCGCGGAGAUUUCAAUGCUGGAAGGUGCAGUCGUUGACAUUUCAAGUGGUGCUUCUAAAAUCGCUUAUGACGAUAAUUAUGAAAUACUGAAGGUUGAUUUCUUGAAGAAACUAAACGGGAUGCUGAAGACGUUUAAUGAACGUUUAUCUGACAAGCCUUAUUUAAGUGGAAAUUCUGUAAGCUACUGGAUUUCUAUAGAAUAACCUGAAUUCCAUAUUUAAUAAUUCAAUACUUUAAGUAAAUACUUUACGUGAUAAGUUGUUACUGUUAAAUGUUUGGUUAAUUACAGGUCUUGUUCAUCCUUUUAUAUUUCGUUUGCUGCGAAAACUAAAGACUGGAAUCCGUCAUCUUUUGUCUUUUCGCUUUGCGUUACAAGGACCUCUAAGGGGAAAGUAUUUUUCGAAUUCCAAUGCAAUAGAAAAGUGAACUUGUGCCUUUUCGUGACGUUGUAGAAACUGCUUCUUUAGAGGAUUAGACCUGUAUAAGUGACUGUAUAUUUCUACUGAUUAUUUAAACGUUUGAUAACGUACAGUUCUUAGACUGAAAAAGGUGUUUCCAUAAGGUCGUGAAAUGCCAGAAGUUCACUUUUAUACUUCAGUGGGUUUGCUAAAGUUUGUUUCCUGUAUAAAACUCUCGGCCAAUGCUCAAUCCUAUCACGUCAAAUGUCGGUCCUGAAGUCUACAAAAUACGAGAAAAUGCAUUGAAUUUCUAUGGAUCUAAUCAAUAAGGGUGAUCAGAGCAAGACACGACACCAGUACACUAAGUCUAUGAGUGAUGGUGAUCUGAGCCAUGUAGAGGAGGUGGCGCUGCCUGACUAAAUUCUUUGAGAUGACAGGAGUUACUGGUUAGUGACGUUCAGUGAUACUACUCUAUGGUGAGAGAAAACAUUCUAAUCAGCUUUAUGUUAUCUACUAAGUAACAUUCAAAAAGUCGGCAAAACCACCAUGUUCAGAGACUAUCGAUGAGUUGAUUGGCCAGAUACUCAGCUACCUUGCUUGAAGUGAUUCGGUUUAAACACAAAGGUAUAUAGAUUUCAGUUAGACUGACUACGUUCAUAUGGUGUCUAUGUGAGUGAUGAUAAUUCUAAAGUAGCUAUCUAAAUGAAUGAUAGAAACAACAAAUAAUCAUGUACAUGUUAUUCAAGGAAAUAAAAUACGCUGUACUUUGUGAUGAAGUAAAGCUUACUCACUAGUGAAUGUGUAGUCAGUUGCCUUAUAAAUUAUGAAAGGAUAAUUCCACAACUGGUUAGUUUGCGUUUGUACAAGUUUAUUCAACUGAUAGUGAAUAGGCCUCAGACAUUCAUUCCUGGGUGUGACUCAUAUCUCAGUAAUCUGAAACAACAAUGUAUCCAGUAAUUUAAAGGUUUGCAUAGAUUAUUGAGAAGAAGAGUAGUUUGAGCGACCAAUUGUUUCCAAUAACUUCCUCAUCAGACUCUGCAGUUAUAACUCCAUGAGAAAUAAUGAGGUACAAUAGCCAGUGUACGGUGUAAGGUAAGAUUAUUUCACUAUUGAAACAGUCAAUGUUGUGGGUAAAUAGAGAUGGAGUCAAAUGGAUGUAAUUUUUGUUAAGGUAUCGAAAUUAGCCAUUUUUCUCUGUUGAAACUUAGUCCAAGGUACAAAGGUCUUUUAACGAUGUUAGCCUUCUUUCUCAUCCAUCUCUUUAGGUUUUAACAUGCGCUUUAUUUAUGAAGUUUACUGGAUAACCAUUUGAUGCUUUGCUAUCUUUAGCUUAUCCAUUUCGUCUUUCACACAGUCCUCCUACACAUACUUCGUAUUCUUCAACUCAGACAUUUGACUAGACUUCUUGCGGACUGAAUUGGUGUUAAGCUAUGAAAUUAAAUAUAUUGACCGAUACAUGUGUUCUUCCUAAUAAUAUUCCUCUUAGUAUACCUAUAUAUCUUCCUGAUGAGGUGGACAUUUAUGAAUAACAUACUAUUCCCCUGUUCUUCCUUAGGUGAACUUUAUAGAUAAGAGUGGACGUUAGAAAAAACACAUGAACCAGUCAAUGCAUUCGUUUUCAUAGUUUCACACCAAUGCAGUCCAAAAGAAGCCUAGUCAAAUGUCUGAGUUGCAGAAUAUACAGUGUCUGUGUCGGAGGACUAUGUGGAAGACGAAAUGGAUAAGCUGAAGAUAGCACUGCAUCAAAAUGGUUAUCCAGUAAACUUCAUAAAUAAAUGCAUGUUUAAGAUGUGAAGGACAGUAACGUCACUAAGAGACUUUUGUACUUUAGACUAAGUUUCAAAGGUGACAUUGCCUUUGAUAUAUUUUAGCACCCUGAUCGAGUAGAUCUGUCGCAAGGACUUUUACUACAGCGAAACUUCUUAUAAGCUCCUCAACCGAAACCAUUAUUGACACAAGGAGCCAAGGAUAGGUUACCAAUGAUGGCCACUUCAAUGUGUAUUUUUAUUAGUUCUACUGCUCCCAUGGAGCUAGUUACGCGGGUUAUACUUAGAGGUCUCUAUCCAUGCGCACUCAUGAAGAUGUAUCAGUGUGACUAGGGAAAAGAAUGACAAAGUGCAUAAAUAGUUCAUAUUUAGUAAAUAAUGGACAUGGAAUCAAGAUAGAUCGUGCCUUUUUUAUGGUGUAUCGUGUUCCAUACAAUCUCCCCAAGGGGUCACAACUACACCUGUUACCUAUAUCUGAAACCCAAGGAAUCAACAUCAGUAAACUUGAUGUAUGUAUUCAAAGGAAAUAUGCGCAUCCACUUUGUCUACCAAAGUUCACCAAUAGGGUGAGUGCGUUCUUUGUGAACUUUUCUACCACGAGUUUCACAUUUUAACUUUCUAUCUCUUACUUCACCUCCCUCAUUUCACUGAUAAACUUUUAUUUUCAUAUUCCAUCGUUUUUAUGUCGUUGUUUAUUCAUACUGUUACCAGCAGUCAUUUUUGACUCUCAUGUAACAGUUUACAUCUGUUAUUUCGUUAUUGUAAACAAAUAAUUUUUCACUCAACUACUUGAAUAUAACUCAUCAGCACAUAAUGAUUGCUUGAUGUUUAUUAAAUAUGCAUACAUAUUCACACGCUAGAUGGCUGUAUUUAAGUGUAUCGUUAUCUCUAGAUUUCGUUUGUUUAUUUUAAUUUCAUCGCACAACUGACGCCAGACUGAUUACUGUUUCGCGUGAGAAGAACGUAUAUCCAUUUGAUUUCAUCUCUAUUUUACUUAUAAUACUGACUGUUUCAGCAUUGGAAUAAUUUUAUAUUACGCUGUACACUGGCUGUUGUACUUCAUCUAUUCUCAUAAAGUUACAACUGAUGAGUUUGAUGAGGUGACACAUCCUGACUUCAUGUUCUACGAAGCACUUGAUGUGGUUUCGUAUAUGGAACCCAACUGUUUAGAUGACUAUCUCAUCUGAUAGCCUUCAAACAGCGUAUUGAGAAUUUACCAAAAAUCAAAGCUUUCAUGGAAUCUGACAGGUUCAUAAAGUGGCCUCUGAAUGGUUGGUCUGCUACAUUUGGUGGAGGCUAUACCCCACCCGAGUAAAUAUGUGCGAUGAGUUUACUCUAAGCAUACCAGUGAAUAUUUGUCUGUCAUACUGCUCAUCUAUUCUUAUAAAACUAAAAUAAUAACCCAUAAAAAUAUGCUUCACUUCAUAUUUUUUAUAAAGACACCGAAUUAAAGUUUUCCAAAUUCAUGA